CGAUCUGGUCCUGAAGGUGGCGGAGCUGCUGUGCAGUAAACCUGAGCACGACAGUCGAGCCGAGUUCUGGGUGGAGAAAGCGGCCAGGCUUCUGCCGGGACACCCCGGCCGUCUUCAAUCUGAGGGAGAAGCUUCUGAGCGCUCAGAGCGGCUCUAACCAGCUGUACGAGCUGCUGCAGGCGGAGCUCAAGCUGCGGCCCGCCGACACCUACAUCAACCAGAAGCUGGUGCAGCUCUACAGCGCCGAGGGCCGGCUGGAGGACGCCGUCAAACACUGCCUGGCCGUGGAGAAGGCCGGCGUGCUGAGACACUGUCUGGAGUGGUACCAGCUGUUGGUCAGCACCCUGCAGGAGUACCUCUGUCAGCCGAGCGGCGUGUCGAACGAACAGGCGUCACGCAAGUUUCACAAAGAGCUGCUACUGGCUCAGUGCAGCCGUGUGAGACUGACGCUGGCGCUGAAGGGCUGUGAGGAGAGCACCGCUGCGAUCUGGAGUUUUGACUGUGCGAUGCAGGAUCUGAAGAACACGGCCACAAACACGAUGGAUGAGCUGGCGCAGGUGUUCACGGAGAUGAGGGCUCACCUGUACCUGUACGCCGGGACGCUGCUGCUGAAGAGGGCGCAGGACGGGGCGCAGCAGUGGAGGGCCGUGCUGGAUCUGGCCGCUCUCUGUUAUCUCGUAUCUUACCAGGCUCCGAGACCCAAAGCUAGGAGCUUCAAGAAUGAGCAGGCGUCCCAUGAGCCUCUGAAGCUGCUGGCCUGUGAUCGUCAGAGUCAGGCGGGUCACAUGCUGCUGAACCUGAGCUGGGACGUGGAGCAGCUGCUGAAGGAUGUGGUGGAGGUGUUCGGGAACCGGAGCGGCCCGGGCCGUCUGUUUGACCAGCUGUUCGACGCACAGACGCAGGAGCAGCGCUCUUUCAUCUGCAACGAUGACAUCCACAACCUCAGCGUACACCCGCCCAAAGCUGCCGAUCUGGCCAAGUGGGACAGCGGAGCGGUGAUGCUGCACGCGGGGGAUCUGCAGCAGCUGGCUUGGCUCGGCCUGCAGUGGGCGCUAAUGGGUCAAAGAGUGAGUCUGCAGGACUGGCUCAAGCAGCUCUUCCCUCGCCUCACGCUCGAGACCUCCAAACUGGACACCAACGCACCGGAAUCCAUCUGCCUGCUGGACCUGGAGGUGUUCGUGUGCGGCGUGGUGUUCUGCAGUCAGGCGCAGCUGCAGGAGCGUGUGAAGAUGGCGUCCUGCUCUCAGCCGCACGAGCCGCGCUGUCCUCCGCUGCACAUCAUGAAGCUGCUGUCCUCAGACAGACAGAGAGAGUGGUGGGACGCCGUCUACAGCCUGAUUCACAAGAGAGCGCAGCCCGGGACGUCUGCUAAACUGCGUCUGGUCGUUCAGCAUGGUCUGGGCACGCUGCGCGCCGGAGAGAAACACGGCCUUCAGCCGGCGCUGCUCAUACACUGGGCUAAACAUCUGUCUGACGCGGGUGAGCGGGUGAACUCUUACUACGAUCAGAAGGACUACGCUGGCCGCAGUGUGCACUACUGGAGGGUUGUGCUCCCCCUGCUGGAGAAGGUGCGACACAAGCGCAGCAUCCCUGAACCCCUGCAGCCCAUGUUCAUGCACUUUCAGAGCAGAGACAUACAGCCUUCUCAGGUGCGAGUGUAUGAGGAAGAUGCCAUCAUAAGCAUCGCCACACUCCUUGACAUCGAGGGCAACACUGAGGAGGCGAUCUCAAAGCUGGAGCAGCUCAACAGCACAUCGUCUAACUGGCAUCUGGCGAAGAUCUAUCAGAGGCUGUCGGAGGAGGCAGGGAACGGGCUUGAGGAAACUCAGGGCAGGUGCGCAGACUUCCUCCUGAAGUUCAGGAAAUACUUGACCAAGAUUUAUCAGGCCAAUGCAGAGGAUUUGGAGAAGAUACCUGUAUCUAUGGAGGAGGUGAUGGAUUUGUUGAAUGAGGUCAACCAGCAGCUUGUUGGUGAGGUGGAUGAAGACCAGGGGGACUAUCCUGUGACAUCCAGCCCCGGUCAGCCCGCUGAAGGCCAUGUUAAAUUCUCCACUCCUUCCUCGUCCAAGAGUGUCAUGUCACCGUCCAAAAGAUCUGUGUUCUCCCCCAAAACACCACCUCUCUGGGUGGAGGACCAGAAGUCACUGCUGCAGAAGUUAUGCCAGCAGAUCGAGGCCUUGAAGAAUGAGGUUCAUGACCUGCGUCAUAACUCUUCAGAUGCCACAGCAUCCUCAUAUAGGAUGUAUCGAGACAACUAUGCUGCAGAAGGACUUCAGGAAACGUUUCCUGCAGCGCAGACGUUCCACGGUGUUCCUCUCACUGUUGCUACUACAGGUCCCUCUGUGUACUACAACCAGUCUCCAGCAUAUAAUUCACAGUAUCUUCUGCGAACUGCUGCAAAUGUCACACCAACAAAGGGCCCAGUAUAUGGAAUGAAUCGUCUUCCUCCACGUCAGCAUAUGUAUGCCUACAAACAAUCAACACACACCCCACCUCUACAGUCAACACCUGCAUGCAUGUAUCCUCAAGAGCAGGUUUUCGGUCCUCCCAUCCGGUUUGAGUCACCAGCUACAUCCUUACUCUCCCCGUACAGUGAGGAAUAUUAUGGUCACAAUGUUCCUCAGCCCACAGUUAAUCCAACAUUGCCAGAGCCUGGAUAUUUCACUAAGCCAUGUGCCGUUACGUCCACGCAGCCAUCCAGGAGCACUGAAAGCAAGGCUGUCGACCCCAAGAUGAGUUUUGGGCCACAGUUCACAGGUGAACCUGCUAAGGUUCCCAACUUUGGAGGAGUAGCUGCCGGGCCAACAACAACAGCAUCAGCUGCGUUCAAGUUCAACUCCAAUUUCAAGUCCAAUGAUGGUGAUUUCACCUUCUCCUCUGCUCAGGUGAAAAACAGUGAAAGCCUCUUGGGACUUCUGACAUCAGAUAUUCCUCCCAAAGCGGAGGUGCCGUCAGAACCGAAACACCAGACCCAAGACCAGACGCCUAGCCAGAGCGAAGUCUUUACCUUUGGGAGUAAAAAUGCAGCAGGAUUUUCAUUCACUGAUGGUGCUCAGAACAAGAUGAGUAUUUUUGGCAACACCGAUCAAAGAUUUAGCUUUACAAGUGGAACCAAAACCACAUUAGGGAAUACAGAGGCUCUGGAAGAGAAGCGUGUGGAAAGUGACAAUGAUAGCACCCAUGUGGAAGAAGAUGAGGAUGGGCCUCAUUUUGAGCCUAUUGUGCGUCUACCUGAUAAGGUCGACGUGAAGACUGGUGAGGAGGAGGAGGAGGAGAUGUUCUGCAAGAGAGCAAAACUCUUCCGAUUUGACGCUGAAACUAAAGAAUGGAAAGAGAGGGGCAUUGGCAGUAUCAAAAUCCUCAAACACAAAACCUCCGGGAAAGUUCGUCUGUUAAUGAGGAGGGAGCAGGUUCUGAAAAUCUGCGCCAAUCACUAUAUUACUGCCGACAUGGUUCUCAAACCAAAUGCUGGAUCUGACAAAUCCUGGGUCUGGUACGCUAUGGACUAUGCAGAUGAAAUGCCAAAGACUGAGCAGUUGGCAAUUCGUUUUAAAACCGCAGACGAGGCGGCACUGUUUAAAGUUAAAUUUGAGGAGGCUCAAAAGUUCCUUUCGGAAUCCCCACAAGGCCAACAGAUUGAAAAGGAAAGCAAACCUCCACAGCCUCAGGUUUCAUCCAAAGAAGUGGAUCUCAAAACCCUGUUUUCCAAGAAGGCGGGUGAAUGGGACUGUGACGUGUGCUGUGUAAGAAACGCUCCCACGUCUGUGGUGUGCGCGGCCUGCGGCAGUGCAGCUCCUUCUACAGCACAGGUCAAACCUGUAGAGGAACCCAAAGCCUCGGCUCCUGCUGCCAAAUCGUUUUCUUUUGGACUUUCUGGAGAUUCCGCUAAAAACGACACCAGCACUGAUGUCAGCUCGAAGGGCUUCACGUUUGGAUCUCAAAUACCAGUUUCUUUUAAGUUUGGAUCAAAGGAUGCUGUGGAGACAUCUGCUGGCUUUGGAGCUCAGGCUGAGAAGAAAACAAGUCAGGCUGAUGCACCACAACAGGAGAAAGUGUCAGCAGCUCCAGCAGUCCCAUUUGGCACUGGAUUUGGUGCUCAGUUUGCCAAGAAAGAGGGUCAGUGGGACUGUGACUCCUGCCUAGUGAGGAAUGAAGCCUCAGCAACUGAAUGUGUUAUUUGCAAAGCCCCUGAGAAAGCAAACAAAAAUAAUGCAGCAUCACAAGGUUGGUUAACUGCCAUGUUUGGUAAAAAAGAUGGACAGUGGGAUUGUGACUAUUGCCUUGUAAGAAACGAAGGUUCAUUUAACCAUUGUGUUUCAUGUCAGAAAGCAAACCCAAUUUUUAAAAACAAGACCUUUGCUGCACCGUCAAGUUCCUCUUUUACAUUUAGUUUUGGAAGUUCUAGCAGCCAACCUGCUGCAACAGGAUUUAAAGCCAAUUUCAGUCCAGGCCCUGCUUUUCAGUUCGGCACAAGUAAGGAAAAAGCAUCCUCAGAAGGCUUCAAGUUUGAGUCCUCCACAACUGAAGCUGAAAAGCCAUCAGGCGGUUCCAGUUUUUUUUCGUUUUCCAUGCCUGCGCCUGUUGGCGGAUUUAAGUUUGGCAUUGCAGAAUCUGAGGCAAAACCAUCAGACGGACAGUCCCAAAAUGGAUCCGCAUCUGUCCUCCUCAAAAACAUUGCUGAGCUUCACAAAGAGAAAGAGAAAGAGGCAGCCCCAAGUUCCUCAGAUCAGUCUGUAGACGCUGAUAGUCACGAUAAUAAUCCUCUCUUUACUGGUAAGCCUGACACCUUUAGUUUCGCUGACUUGGCGAAGUCACGAAGCAGUUUUCAGUUUGGCCAGGAGGAUCCCGCUUUCAAAGGCUUUGCAGGGGCUGGCGAGCAGCUCUUUACAGGGUUUCAUUCUGGGCCCAAGGCCGACACCUCUGUCGAUCAAGAGGAUGAAAUGUACAAAACUGAGGAGAAUGACAAUAUUCAGUUUGAGCCUGUUGUUCAGAUGCCAGAGAAGGUCGACCUUGUUACAGGCGAAGAAGAUGAGAAAGUCUUGUAUUCACAGCAUGUCAAACUCUUCAGAUUUGAUACAGAAACAAACCAAUGGAAAGAAAGAGGAUUCGGCAACCUAAAACUGCUCAAGAAUAACCAGAACGGGAGACUGCGAGUUCUUAUGAGAAGAGAGCAGGUGUUGAAAGUGUGUGCUAAUCAUUGGAUCACAACCACAAUGAACUUAAAGCCCCUCUCUGGCUCGGAUCGAGCCUGGAUGUGGAUGGCCAGUGACUUCUCAGACGGAGAUGCCAAAUUAGAACAACUUGCGGCAAAAUUUAAAACACCUGAGCUUGCAGAAGAAUUCAAGCUGAAAUUCGAGGAGUGUCAGCGACUGCUUUUGGAUAUUCCCUUGCAGACCCCUCACAAGCUCGUGAACACUGGCAGAAUGGCCCAUCUUAUACAGAAAGCUGAAGAAAUGAAAUCUGGUCUUAAGGACCUCAAAUCAUUCUUGACUUCCCAAAACAAGGAUGACGAAAAUUGCGAUACAAGUCGUAGUACCUCUGCAGUUGUAGUUAAGCUUGACUCUGAGGGCACCGCACACACUUUAGAAUGGGAUAAUUACGAUUUGCGUGAGGAAGUGCACGAGGACUAUAGCAGCUCCACUGUGCGUGAUACUCCUUCGCAGCCAGAUCCAGUAGCUAAAAAUCUAUUCCGCUUUGGCGAAUCAUCCACAGGGUUUAGUUUCUGUUUUCAGCCUAUUCUCAGUCCCUCUAAGUCUCCAUCUAAGCUAAACCAGAGCCAGGCUUCUGUUGGCACAGAUGAUGAGCAAGAAGCGUCGCAGGAGGAAGAGCGAGAUGGUCAGUACUUUGAGCCUGUUGUGCCACUGCCUGAUCUUGUUGAUGUCUCAACAGGAGAGGAGAACGAGCAAGUCCUUUUCAGUCACCGGGCCAAAUUAUACCGCUACGAUAAAGAUCUCAGUCAGUGGAAGGAACGAGGUAUAGGAGACCUUAAAAUACUAAAGCACUACGAAACAAAGCGUGUCAGACUCGUGAUGAGACGGGACCAGGUCCUCAAACUGUGCGCAAACCAUUGGAUUGCUUCCAAUAUGAAGCUCGAGCCCAUGAAAGGAGCUGAGAAAGCAUGGAUCUGGAGUGCCUUUGAUUUUGCUGAGGGUCAGGGCAAGGUGGAACAGCUGGCAGUUAGAUUCAAACUGCAGGAAACUGCAAAUGCUUUCAGUGAGAUCUUUGAAGAGGCAAAGACUGCACAAGAAAAAGACACUCUACUCACCCCGUUUUCUGAAAGAGAACCUGCCUCCACCCAGGAGACACUUUGUGGCAAGGCUGCAGUUGCUGUACUUGAGGAAACAACAAAAGAACGUACUGGUCUCUCUGAGGAAAGCAGUCCUAAACUGGAUCAGACACCGCAAAACACCAAGAAUGUGGUCUCUCCUCCAAAGUUCGUCUUUGGGUCAGACUCUGUGCAGAAGAUCUUUGGAAGCCCUUCGCCAUCAAAAGAAAAAACUCUGGCUGUGAUUUCCAGUUCAGAAGAUGAGGAAGCGGGUGCCUCGAGACUGAAAACCUCUGGACCAGCAGUGACCAGCCAGGCAUCGGCUGGGACUCCUUUCAGCAUACCAACAAGAAGUUUGGAUUUUAGGCUUUUCAAAAAUAAUCCUAUGGCCUUUUGGACCUGCACUUCAGCCAACCAGUUUGAAGCCCGAGUUUACUCCCCGUCAGAGAAGAGCGCUCAGGACGUGUGUGAUGAAUAUGAGAUCGUAUUUGAGGUUAAACCAACGAGAGAACAAGCAGAGCUGGCCGCCAGACUGAUGCUUCCUCCCACGUUCUUCUGUUACAAGAACCGUCCAGGAUACAUCAGCGACGAAGACAGCGAUGAUGAGGAUUUUGAGAGCGCAGUGAGGAAUCUGAAGGGGAGGCUGUAUGCGGAUGGAGCUGAUGGAGCGUCUGAUCAUGACUCGGAGGUCACUCUGGUGCGGGGAGAAGCGGCCGACGGCAGACGAGGAGCAGAGAGCCAGACGCCUCCUGCUGCCUCCCACCUUCCUGUGCGGCGUCAGCAGCGACUCCGAAGCGGAGGCCGAGAAACUGGACGACUUCAGCACUGAGCUCCAGAAGCUGCAGCAGGCACAGGUGACGCGUGAUCGAUGUGAGUCCGGUCUGCAGCACAGCACCGGUUCUUCACGUCCUGCUCAGGAUACACAGGUGAAGCCCGAGCCUUCCCCCUUGAUGCAGCAGCAGUGGACACGAGCGGCGCCGGAGCAGAGGAGCCGCCACACUGACACACCAGCUGCUGACGGGAAGCCGUCGUCCCA